AAACCCCACACUAUAAAAGAAAAAUUUCCAUUAUUUUCAGGAUUUUUUCUGUAGCCAUAUUCGCGUAAAUCAAUCAUCAAGGUUGAAUAUGUUGUUUACUGUUGAAUGUUUUUAUAUUAUCUAUUUAAAAUACACAACUUUUUUUUCUCCCAUAUCUUCUGUCUAACAAUAUUUCUUCCAGCCCUAUUCUUUCAAAUAUUUAUUAUACAAAAGAAAUCGUCAUAACUUUACAGCAAGGUCGUUUGUACACGGAGGAGAAUUUCUUUACCCAGCUGCUUCAGAUGUCUUACAUCACAAAGAUCAACAACCUAACUUCAUCUUGCUUAUAAUAAUGUAAAAAUCAUUCAAUUUAAUUUUAAAAAAUCAUUCAGUUUAAUUGUAAAAAAUCAUUCAGUUUAAUUUUAAACAUGAUCUUAAAGGAUAUAUAAACGCUUCCGUUUGUCUAUUUUUGAAACAGAAGGCAUAUCUUUAGCUUAAAAAUUUAAUAUGGGAUUUGUUUCGUAUUCUGUUGCCUUGAUUUUGCCUUUUAUAGUUUCAUUAGGAGAUUAUAACCCUAAAGUUUCUCAAAGUUUCCGCCUUUCUUACGACUACAUAGUAGUUGGUGCUGGUUCAGCGGGUUCUGUUGUUGCUUCUCGUCUUUCUGAAGACUCCUGUGUGACUGUCCUCUUGCUUGAGGCCGGUCCUAAAGCAAGCUCUAUAACUGAACUACCCGCUCUAAGCAUAGCGUCUCAACGUAAGGAAAAUGACUGGUCAUACAAGACUGUUCCACAGAAAAGAGGUGCCUUGGGCUAUAACAACAGGCAAAUUAACACUCCAAGAGGAAAAGGAUUAGGUGGUUCAAGUAUCCUUAAUUACAUGCUGUAUGUGAGAGGGAACCAUAGAGAUUAUGACCACUGGUCAGAAGAAGGAGCAACUGGAUGGUCAUGGAAAGACGUUUAUCCUUAUUUUCUUAAAUCCGAAAACAAUACUAAUCAGGAAUUUGUAAAGGACGGUUAUCAUAGCAAAGAUGGCUAUCUUACUGUUGAAGAUCUACAGUACUCAAGCGAGUUAAUUGAUGCUUUUGCCCAAGCAGCACCCGAACGUGGAUAUAAAUAUCGAGAUAUAAAUGGCGCUAAACAAACUGGAUUUUAUAAAAUCCAAGGAACUAUUAGAAAUGGAAGAAGAUGUAGCACUGCUAAAGCCUUUCUUGUCCCUGCUCAAAACAGGAAAAAUUUGAAUAUUUUAACAAAUGCAUUAGUGACGAAGAUUCUAAUAAAGAAAAAAGAAGCCUAUGGAGUUCUCUUUGAAAAGAAUGGCCAAAAAUAUGAAGUUCAUGCUACGAAAGAAGUUAUUGUUAGUGGUGGCACGAUUAACUCCCCACAACUCUUGAUGCUCUCGGGUAUCGGGCCGAGAGAUCAUUUAGAACAAUUAGGAAUACCUGUCAUAGCCGACCUUCCUGUGGGAAACAAUCUACAAGAUCAUGUUGGAACGGCAUUUUUAAAUUUCGAGGCUCCAGGAGCUAGAGAUUUAUUUCAAGAACUUUUUGACACACCUCUGAGCACCAUUUAUAAUUUCAACACUUAUGGAAGAGGCCCACUAACCAGUUUGGCUGGAGUUGAAGGUUUAGCUUGGAUCAAUACGAAAUAUCAAGAUCAUUCACUAGACUGGCCAGAUGGACAAAUCCAUUUAGCUGCGUUUUCUUUCGCUUCGGAUCAAGGGAUUCUUUCAAAAUCUUACAUUGAAAUAUCAGAUGAAAUUUAUGAUCAAGUAUACAAGCCUUAUGAAGGGAAAAACACGUUUACAUUUUUACCUUGUGUGGUGAGACCAUUAAGUCGAGGAACAAUAAGAUUAGCUUCCACAGAUCCUAAACAACAUCCAUUAAUUGAUUCCAAUCUAUUCCAGUACAAAAAUGACUUAGAUAGGUUGGUAGAGAUCCUGAAAGAAUGCGUGGCGAUUGUAACGAAAACGAAAGCGUUCCAAAGACUAGGCGCCAAAAUGUUUACAACUAAAUUCCCAGGAUGUGAGAUGUUUGAAGCCAACAGCACUUAUUACUCAGAAAGUUACCUAAGAUGCCUUGCAGUAGGAUACACAUUCAAUUUAUAUCAUCCAGUUGGCACCUGCAAGAUGGGGUACGAAUUAGACAAGACAACAGUUGUGGAUCCUCAAUUAAAGGUAAAAGGAGUGAAGAAUCUUCGGGUCGUCGAUGGUUCUAUUAUUCCAUAUGAGGUAUCUGGCAACACAAACGCUCCUAUCAUCAUGAUUGGUGAAAAAGCUUCGGACAUGAUCAAACUAGACAAUCUGGAUAGAAACAAAUGCUAAAAUACGUCUAUCAUGUCACUCGAAUUGCUUUCUUUAUUGUAGACUAUUGAAACAAGUGUUAUUUAUUUCGUUCUGUUAUAAAAAAAAAAAAAUUUUAAAUUAAAAAUGGUUCUUAAAAAAUGUCUCUUCUUUUUUU